AUGAAAGGAAGUCUAUUACUCGUUUCUGGUAUAAUUCUAUUAAAUUAUUGUGCGAAUUCAACUUUAAAAGAUGUUAAUAUUAUUCAAACAACUAAAGAUGAAGAUCAAUGCAUUAAAACAACAAUUGUAACAGGAAUAAAUCUUGAAAGUGGAAAACUAAUUAAUCGUGGUGCUUCAUCACGGUGUCAAUCAUAUUCAAGUAAACAAAUUUCGAUUAUUUGUUGUCAAUUGGACUAUUGUAAUGCAUGA